CGAAGACAUCCACGGGAUACCGCCGAAUCGCUUUUCUCUAUGCGGUGUAUCGUCGUGAUUGACGAGCGCGCGCGCCUCGCUCUCGCCCCAUAAAAUCAAGAACGUCAGAAUUAUUUCAAGUACGACUGACGUGCCACGUACGCCGCAUACUCUGCAUUUGAAACUCGAUCUUUGCUCGCUCCGAUGACAUUUUUCUACGACCGAACACGAUGAUACGUAUGCCAAGUUCUGUUGAAACAAAUACACAAAGAGACGAAUUUGAUUAGGUGGCUUUCUCACAGAUUUAAAGCGAAGUGUAAUCGAUAUAUUCAAGAGAGCCCUUCAUCUGGUUUCACCGCGCAACUGGUUGUUUAAUUUGCCGUGAUAAUUCGGGUGUCUCUGUUUUUUUUUUUCUGUAUUCUAUAACCCUUUUUUCACGCUUGAAACGCAAUCGGCCUUCUUCAAUCAGGGUGUGGGACUUGAAAAUAUAAAAGACUCGUAGGGCAGGUGUUCGGUAGAAUUGUGGACGUUAUCGACUGUAACUUGAUCAGCUGUGGACAGUCUUGUAUCGUGUUAUAUUUACAGUAUAAAUUUGUGAAAAUUGCGAUAUGGUGAAUCGAUUUUAAAAUUCAGUGUCGCCAAAGUCGUGCGAAAGUCAUGAUCUUAUUCAAACAGAAAAGCGCGAUGCUUUACGUUUUGCCACCGCCCGCGGCUCCCGAACCUCCUUCGCCCUGGGCCACCAUUUUUUGGGGCGAAGAUAAAAUACCCGGACAACGUUCGAACUGCAGGGGACGAAGGGUCGCGCAGUAUUGUGAAAAAGUUUCAGCUAAAGAUUCUGGUGCAGGGGCUCCAGCGGACGACGACGAUGCAGCACGGAGUUGCAAAAGGUAUGCUUUGGAUUGGGCGAUGUGCUUGCGGUGUCAUAGAUUUAUACAUCACGGCGAUCUCAGCGAGUGUUACUUCGCUGGGAAAGGCGCCGCUCUGGUUCUACCUCCGAACGAACGGGCCAGGCCGUCGCGGCGCGUUUCGUCGGCGGGAUGCGACAUUCAGCAACACCUACAGUCCAUGUUUUAUCUUCUGAGGCCGGAAGAGACUCUGAAAAUGGCCGUAAAAUUGGAGUCUGUCCACCCGGGAAGGACGCGUUACCUCGUAGUCGUAUCCUGUACGGGACGUCAAGACGCCGAGGAAAGUUGUCUCCUCGGUAUAGAUUGCCACGCAAGGGCCACGGUAGGCCUCGUUCUGAGAGUCCUCGCCGACACCGCCAUCACGUUGGACGGGGAUGGAGGUUUCAGCGUGAGCGUUUGCGGUCGUCAGCACAUCUUCAAACCGGUGUCUGUACAAGCCAUGUGGUCGGCUUUACAGACGCUGCACAAAGUGUCGAGUAAAGCUCGUGAGCAAAAUUAUUUUCUCGGGGGUUUGUCCCAUGACUGGGUCAGUUACUAUGAACAACGCAUCGAGAGUGACCGCUCGUGCCUCAACGAGUGGCACACUAUGGAUAAUCUCGAAUCCCGCAGGCCACCAUCCCCCGACAGCGAACGCAGCAAACCCAGGGAAAGGGACGAAACCGAACGCGUCAUCAGAGCAACCUUAAAGGAGAUCAUGAUGUCCGUUGAUUUGGACGAAGUCACCUCGAAAUACAUCAGAGGUCGUCUUGAAGAAGACCUCGACAUGGAUUUAGGCGAAUUUAAACCGUUCAUAGACCAAGAAAUGUUGAUCAUCUUGGGGCAGAUGGACGCGCCAACUGAGAUAUUCGAUCACGUUUAUCUGGGCAGCGAAUGGAACGCUAGUAACUUGGAGGAAUUGCAGAAGAAUGGCGUCAGGCAUAUCCUCAACGUCACGAGGGAAAUCGAUAAUUUCUUCCCAGGGAUGUUUAAUUAUUUGAACGUCCGCGUUUACGACGACGAGAAAACAGAUUUGCUCAAACAUUGGGAUGAUACUUUCAAAUAUAUAACGAAGGCGAAAAAAGAAGGUUCUAAAGUGCUCGUCCAUUGUAAAAUGGGAGUCUCGAGAUCAGCUUCGGUCGUUAUUGCCUACGCGAUGAAAGCCUACAAUUGGGACUAUACGCAGGCAUUGAAACACGUCAAAAACAAACGCAGCUGCAUCAAACCCAACAGUAGUUUCGUCUCGCAACUGGAGACUUAUCAGGGGAUCUUAGACGCCAUGAAAAACAAGGAAAAGUUGCAAAGAUCGAAAUCCGAUACCAAUCUGAAAUCACCGACCAUGGUGAAGGAUCAAGUCAAGAAGGAAGAAAAAGUUGACGACAUUGACGCAAACCUAUUGGAAGCACCUGGCACCGAAUUGAAAAGAAACGGUCAAAGACCCAAAAGCUGGUCGCCGGAUGUAGAAGCUGCAGAAAACAUUCUUCCUGCCGUAUCGUUGUCGCAGUCACUUGAGAGGUUAAAUAAUGCUGGAAAUCCGGAGAUAACUCGCGAAGAACUUCUCCGCGGAAGUAACAACAACACGAACAAGACUGCCGAUGACCAGGAGGCGCGAAACGUAUUAAUGCCAUGUGACAACGGUCAAUCGUACAGCGUUUCUCAGAACAAGAUCGUUCAUUUACCCGGUCCGGAUACACCCAGCGUUAAGCACAGGGUCAACGAAUUAGAAACUCAAGGACAGAGAAGAAAGGGCCUAGUACUGAAUCUCACCAACCAAUUCGAAGCUGUCAACAGUAAGCCCUCGUCCCCUGGGUCAGACUCCGAUGUCAAGCCUUUGUCUCAAAGUCCUCUAUCCUGCAUCGACGGCGCAAGCGACAAGCAAAUUGAUCUCAUAGCCACGGAUUCGGUUUCUGAAAAUUCUCGGAUUGAACCGGAGUCUCAACAAGUAACCGCUGUAGCUGUUAACGAGGAAUUCGACAACAAACAAGACAGUAAAGAAAUCAUCGCUGUUUCCAAUAAAAAGGCAAUAACACCAACCUCAAUUAACAAUAGUGAAUGUCUAGUCUGGACUGCGUCUGCAGAAUACAAAUGUACAGAGUUGAACAGUUCGGGCGGCACAGUGAUUGGUGCAAGUGAAAAUAGUGAGUGCAUCGGAGCCCAACCUACGACGACUGUUUAUCCUACCGUAACCGGGCGAAGGUCGAGGAAAGAUGGCGAUCCAUUUAGUACACAGGUCGACAGGGUAUUCGACAGGGAGGAGAGGCGGGGUGAGCCGGCGAGGGAUUCCCCGAGUCGACAAAAUUCGUGGAGCAGUUACGACAGCGCCGUUAUAAUGGAUAAUAAUUCGGUUCAUAGUUCAUGGGCCACCUUGCCCUCUAGAAAUAGUUCUUGGGGGUCUUACGAUAUGCGACCUUCCGAUCCCCUUGGAUCCAGCGGUCUGUUUCCUUACGACAAAGAGGAAAUACCUUGGCAUCCCGGUACAGUGAAACGCACGAAGCAAAAGUUGGAGGAAGGUACGAACACGGUGAAAAGAGUUUGCACGCAAUCUUCGGAUCCGGACAAUUCAGACAAGCCUGAAAGACUGACAGGUGACGAAGAAGCUCACCAAGAAUCUUACAACCCGGUACUUUUUCAUUAUACCGCAUCGCCCACUCCGAGACAGAAGGAUUCAUCACCCCCCGCGAAUGAAUCUAGUCUGAAAAGUGACACAGCCAGAGACCCGCUCAGCCCUGCGGGUGGUAUAGAUAUCGAACCUGGACUAACUAGCAUUAGACAACUCGGAAGAUUAUCGACCAGCGCCCCCGCGCCAUCCUCCCUAUCCGAAGAAUCAGAUUUACCCUCCCCGCUCAGAUCAUGCAGAUCUGAAAGUGAAACCAGUAGCCCGUGUGUAGUUAAUACCUCGCAAUGCCCUUCGGUGAAACAUCACAAAAUGGUUCUCGAAAAUUUGAGCAACAAGUCGAUGUUCAACAAAAGGUGUCUCUCCAUCGACGAUUCGCCGGAAUCCGAAUCCCCCAGAACCAGUUCUGGGAUCGUCAAGAAUUUGAAGAAAGAGUUCGAAGCGAAAUCUACCAAAAUAGAAAAAAGUCCCGAAAAUAACGAGCCUGAAAUAUCUCCGAAUACCCGACCGAGGAAGGAGACGAAAAUAAGGAGCUUACCGUCGUCCCCCGUCAUUGCUCACAAUGAAUCGAAGAUUCAGUGUUCGCCACUCAACGAUUCUGCAAGAGAGAAGGAGUCGAAGAAAAAUGAGUCAAAGACACCGCAGCCGGAAAACGUUGAGGAUUUGUCCGUGAAAGUUCUCGUUGGCAAAUAUGAGUUUGCAAAGCCAGAGCCUAGAAAAACUUCCGAGAUACAACUGAGAGUUCACAAAGAUAAGGACAAGGAGAAAGACAAGGAUACAAUGGAAGUUCAUCCACCAGCUAAAUCGAGAAUUGCUCCAGAAUUAUCCAGGAGGUCUGCGCCCAUAAUGAUUAAUCAUUCGUCUCUCUUUCCCGAAGCACCGGAAGCGCCGGGAAGGCCGCCGUCGGUUCCAUCGCCGAGCGGUGUACUUGCCAGCGUGGUUGCUAAGGCAGCUAGCAAAAAGCAGCAGCAACAUGGUAGGUCUCAUCCCUUGGCUAUGCUACGGCACAGGCCAAGGCACAGCAGUCCAGUUUACAACACAAUGUAAAGUAAAAGUAUAUUCUGAUGCAUAUUUAGCGGAGUAAAUUUUUCGGAUAAAUGUGAUGUAGGAAUGUCGUAGCGUUGAAUGUACCACUCUAUACACCUAAGUAUGAGAGGUACAGUUUGUAAAAAAGAAUUGUGUGAUCUCUUUAAUGCCGAUACGCUUUGGCUACGAGCUAUAAUGACAAUAGCUCGGUCGUUAAUUGAAACAGCCAAGACAAAUAUCCGGUCUAACAUUUAGAUACGAUUCACCCGUUUGUUUUUCAUGAACAAAACUUUUGUGGCACUGUUCCUCUUGGCUGACAUCUUUCUUUCUUUUCUUUUUUUUUUUCGUUCUUACCGGUGCUCGAAUCAUUGGAUUGAUGAGAAUAAUCGGACAAAGAUAUGAGAAAAAAAGAAUAAACAAAAUGUUAGAUUUUUAUCCUGUGCCACAUAAAUGCUACUCACCGUGGUUUGAAAUUGACGGACUCAAACUACGGUAGUGAGUGAAAUAGAUAAAACGUCUUGGUUUAGAUUUAUUCGGUUAAAAUAAGCUAUAAAUGCAACAAUACAAUAUGAUUAAGUGGAGAAAAGUCGUUUAAAGCAUGGAAGUAUGAAAACUAGUAUUCCUAUGUCAUCUCGUCAUAACUUAGUGGGCUUGGAAUCAAAUAAGCAUAAAUAUGGUGCGAUAUGUUAAGGAAAAGGAAUGAAAAAAAGAGAAACUAUAAAUUAUCAAUUCGAGCAGAAAAGUGCAAAGUUCUUAGGGUUGGAAAGAGGCUUCGAUGGUCAAGUGGCGAGCGCUCAGUCAGGCUGUGAAUGUAACGUCUGAGCCUCGCGUGCUUCGGUAUAUAUUAUGUAUAUUCUUUUUAGAUAUAAUUUUUGUUUUAAUCAUCUGUUUCGUUUUCUUUUUUUUCGAUUCGCUUCACGAUGAUGGUAAAGUUAUAGCAAAUGAAUUUUCGAAACAAUUCAAUUGAUCGAUUGAACAGAGAAGAAAAUUACCGUGCAGAGACUAUGAGACAAUGUAAUGUAAAAAUACACUGUUAGUAAUUUAUAAUGACUAAUGUGAUUAGAAGCACAUUGAAGUGCGUAGCGUGUGGGACGAGUUAUUUAGAGAAAAUAAAGUAUUCUGUGUGAACGUUGAUGAACUGUGUGACUGAAUAAAAGUAAUUGAGGCAGUGAGAUUGAUGAUCAAUCAUUUCUACUCUUUAGAAUCUAUUCAUUUAGAUAUAAUAAUAUAAAUUAAGUUCCUUGUGCUCUCUUCUGGCGAAUCGAGGAGAAGAAAGAUUCAACGGAGUUUUCAGCUUAAAAUUUUGUAAAAAACAAACAAACAAAAUAAAAAACGCAUCAACAAAAAUAAAAAUACAAAGAGAAUUCGUAUUAUGUUUCGAUCGCUGUAUCCAGUGAUAGCUACUUCUUACAACAAUUAAGAGACAUCAUUUACUAUGCAACGGAUCGUUAUUUCGAGGGGCUACUCACUGCCAAAUCUCGUGACCCAGUGAUUGCUGAUUUUGCGUGAUUUCAGGUCGAUUUUCAAUGGUUUCUUGCAGUCGUCGAUAUCAUGUGAUCGCAUGGAAAUUUAGCGCUGAUUUCGCGUUUUCGUAUGAUUUCUGUGAUUUCAAGUGAUUGUAAGUGAUUUCACCUAUCCAUGCGAUAAGGUAAAGGAGAGUUCGGCUCAAUCGAAUCCCGGUGUCGAAUUAGAAGCGGUAAAAGAGAAAAAUAUUAGAGUCAUAUUAUUUUUUAUGACAAAUCGUAUCAGUCAAAAUAAUUUAUUUGUUCAAUGUAAUAUAAAACAAAGUACAUUUCGAACGGUACAUCUCAGGGGAACAAGACUUUAGUCGGAAUCAUCCGAGAUCAAUGAAAUCUCGGCAUUUUAUUGAUUUUACUCGACUUCGACCGAUUUCAUGGAAUUUCACGUGAUUUCAUUCCACAGUGAGACGGUGUAUUCAAGAAUGAAUAGCCCCUCGCGUUAUUUAUUUUGGUAAAGAUUUUACAAAAAUAAAAUUUUCGUUACAAUUCGCAAAGCUUAUCGACAGCUUGUACUUGUGGAUAAAUAUAAAUUAUACGAUUUUUCAUCCCAAUGCUUCAACUACUUGUACUUAUUAAUUGACUAUGAUUCUCCUACAAUUUAUACUCCUAUUACUGUAAUUAUAUUGUACACCUAAUGAAUUCAGUUCAAUAACUUGGUUAAUCGAAACCUACUCAUAACUUAGCUAUCUAUACUAUACGUUCAGUUAGUGAUAGUGAGUACAUCAGAAUUUUAGAACAGACUCUUUUUCACCGUCAUUUUUCCUUUAUAACAGGGGAGGAUGCUGGAAACGAAAAUUUUCAUUCGGCAUCAAAUUUCAACUGGACAAUGAAACAAUUCAUUUUCAUACAUAUCAUAAAAUCUAUACUUAAUCCAAAUUGAGGGGACGCGAGGCAAUAUGGCGUACUUCAGGAAUCUAUGAGAAAAAAAUUAGAAAAAUUUUCAAUCCAAAAUGAUGUUUGAGAUCUCUCUCGAUCAUUUUGAAUAAAUUUUCCCGAAAUUUUCGGGGGAACCCCAUUCUGCCCAGCUACCCCAUAUUGCCCCUCGUUUCCCUACAAAAUACAAAAAAAAAAAAUUAAUAAUAUUACGCUGGAAUUGCGUCCGUCAAUGAACCCUUUCCGAAAAAAGUUGGCUGAAAAAUAUUCUUGCACGUGCUUUACAUCUAUCGGAGACCAAUUUUAUACUACACGGAAAUCACCUUCACUGAUUUUAAUUACUCAAACUCGAUGACGAGCACAUAACAAUGAUAUGCCUAUAUUUUAUUACCACGUGACUUUUUGAGAACGAGAAAAAAUAAAGCAAAUCGAUCUAGACUUAGAUUCUUACGAGCAGUGCUGCAGGCUUUAAAACUAUAACUCGUAAGCAGCAAGUGUUCAUUUAAGUUUGUCUUGAUUGUAAAA